AUAUUCAUUAACAGAUAACAAGGUUUCUGAACGCAUCUACGAAGACAACAACUGAAAUAUGGCUUUCACAAUUACUUUCUCCAGGCCAGCUCAACGUCGCCGAUUUUAUCCAUCUCGAUGUUGCGAUUUUUUGGAACCAAUGUUGUGGACAUCUGCUGUUGUACCAAGAGAUGAUACUGAUGAUUUUUCAAACUUUCUCCAAGCCCUUAUCGGCAGGAACGAAUCCCAAAACAAUGCGAAUAAGCAAGUAGAAGUGACACAUGACGAAUCAGAACAUAAAAAACAGUCAUCUCCGGAAAAAUAUGCAAUGAAUAUUGAUGUUCAAGAUUUUGCACCUGAAGAUAUUAAAGUAAAGGUACAGGGAGAUAAUUUAAUCGUUGAAGCGAAACAAGAAGUGAAAAAGGAAGAAGAAGGAAUGUCCUUCCAUAGUUUCAAGGAACUACGAAGAACACUUGAAAUCCCCAAUGGAGUAGACAAGAAAAAUAUUACAUCAGCAUACUCUAGCGGCGGAAUUCUUGAAAUUGAAGGUUCCUUUCUACCACCAAGCAUAACCGAAGAUCCAGAAGAGAAAACGGAACUUGACAUUGAACGUAGCGAAGAAUAAUAUUUACAGUAUGAUCAAACAAUACAUGAAAUUUAUCACGGGCUUCAAAUAGUCCAUACAUACAUGGAAAGCACGAAACGGAAGUGCUCAAAACUGAUUUCAGCGCGCAUGACUCGAAAAAUAUAUUUGAUUCAUUGAGUAAUAUCAAGUCGAAAUGGGAAUCAAAUGGUUGUCAUGUAAAAACAAUUUUUCUCUCAAACUAGUUUCAAUAAUUUUGUUUUUUUCUGUCUUAUUUUUCGUGACUUCCUGAGUUUUCAGUGUUUUCCUGCUUUGCAUUUCUCUUCCAUAUUAUUCAAAUUUCUACGAGGCAGAUUUAGUCAUGAAAUGAAUAAUUCAUAGUAAAAUCACAGUUUUAUUGUUCAUUUUUAUUAACAAGUUAGUGAGAGAGAGAAAGUAAGAAAUAGGUGUUUGAAUAGCCUCGGUCGCAUAGAAUGCUCGGUGCUGGUAAUAGUCCACCAAGAGAAACAUCGUCUUUUCGACAUUGCUGUUAUUGAAAUUAUUCCCAGUAAAUUCUAAAGGCUACCUUUUGUUUGUAAACAGAUUUCGAAUAAAAUUUAUUGACCUGCAUCUAUACUAACGCAAAGAUCAUACAAUAACGCUGUACACUUUGAAAUAAGGCGGCUAUGACCAUUCAUUUUGCGGCGCCAAUUUGUGACUCAUGCUCUAGCUUAGACUGACCUGAUUGGUUGUUAACGAUCCAAUUAUGUAAUUUAUAUAAAUUACAAUUUAGUGUGGUGUCAAAAUUCUAUUAAAAUACUAUAAAUUAAAACUAACGAACAUUAGGAUAUUCCGAAAGGUUUACAUACAUUAUCUGACUUUCCUUUACUUUUUAAGAUAAAAAUUUUUUUGCUUGUUGAAUAAUAUUGCCGCCAUGCUUGCCAAUUUCGCGAAGUAGAUACUCAUACGCGAUAAGAUUCAUAAAACAUUACUCAAUAUGAAAUAUAAUGUUCUUAUGCAUUCAUUGUCAUCAUAUUUUAAUGAAAAUGGUGAAAUUACUGUAAUAAAGUAUUAAUUUUUGUCA